CCAGUUGUUUAUAGGAGAUCUUUUGUGGGGGGAAAUAAGAUCUGCAUGGGCACAGGAACACCCAUUUGGCCUCCUACUGUUAAAAUAAAGGCUCAGACAAGUCGGAUGUGCCAGCCAGGCGGGGAAAGUCCACCUUUCCCCCUCACCUAGCGCCGAGGUUCGCAGACGCCAGGCUGGGAAGGAGCCCUUGUGUCUCCUUGCUUCCUUCCCCCAACCUCUUAGACGCGGGGACGCUGAUUAGCUGCAGCUGGGGUCUAGUUAGCCCGGCCUUUGAAAUCGAUCAAUGGGUUCCUUCUCGAGGAAUGCUCCCCCCUAACUGCGGAGGAGGGGGUGGUGGCUGUGGUGGCCUUCUCCAACAUGGGCGUCCUGGUUCUGACCGCCUAAGAAAAGGUUUUACGAGUGCAUAAAUAAUGUGCACUGCUCUGAGCCCAAAAGUGCGCAGUGGACCCGGCCUGUCUGAUAUGCAUCAGUAUAGCCAAUGGCUGGCCAGCAGACAUGAGGCUAAUUUGCUACCGAUGAAAGAAGAUCUGGCCUUGUGGUUAACCAAUCUAUUAGGGAAGGAGAUUACAGCAGAAACUUUUAUGGAAAAACUGGAUAAUGGUGCCUUGCUCUGUCAACUUGCAGAAACUGUUCAGGAGAAAUUCAGAGAGGGCAUGGAUGCUAACAAGCCUCCAAAGAAUCUGCCCUUGAAGAAGAUUCCGUGCAAAGCCACUGCACCCUCAGGCUCCUUUUUUGCCAGAGACAAUACAGCAAAUUUCUUAUCCUGGUGCCGAGAUUUAGGGGUAGAUGAAACGUGUCUAUUUGAAUCGGAAGGUUUGGUCCUCCACAAGCAACCCAGAGAAGUGUGUCUCUGUUUGCUGGAGCUUGGCCGGAUUGCAGCCAGGUAUGGUGUGGAGCCUCCUGGUUUGAUAAAAUUGGAAAAAGAGAUUGAACAAGAAGAAACACUUUCUGCUCCCUCUCCUUCACCUUCUCCUUCAUCAAAGUCUUCUGGAAAAAAGAGUACGGGGAACUUACUGGAUGAUGCCGUGAAGCGAAUUUCCGAAGAUCCUCCUUGCAAAUGCCCAAACAAAUUCUGUGUGGAGAGGCUCUCUCAAGGAAGAUACCGAGUGGGAGAAAAGAUCCUCUUCAUUAGGGGUCUUCAUGGUUGUUACUAUGUCUCCACAGCCAAAGCAAAGCAGACAUUUAAGAUGCUGCACAACAAACAUGUCAUGGUCCGUGUGGGAGGAGGAUGGGAAACUUUUGCAGGGUAUUUGUUGAAACAUGACCCCUGCCGGAUGCUGCAGAUCUCCCGUGUCGAUGGCAAAACAUCCCCCAUCCAGAGCAAAUCUCCAACCCUUAAGGACAUGAAUCCAGAUAAUUACCUGGUGGUCUCUGCCAAUUAUAAGGCUAAGAAGGAGAUUAAAUGAAGCUAGUUGGUCGCUAUAAGGGGACUCUCAUAAUGGCCUGUACCCACUUCUCCAGUGUAGUCAGUUUAGUCCACACGCUCUGAAAAUCACUUUGAAAAAAGGAGUAACAGACAGAAAAAUGUCAUUACUAUUGAAAAAUGUUCAGAGAGUAGCACUAUUUAUUUUGUUGCUUCUGUAGAAAAUGACCAAUUAAAUUCUAAACUCAGAUUUAAAUUAGAAAAAUUGUAGGCAAAUUAUUAUUUUUCAGUAUGUGAACACAGUAUUUAGUACAUGUUAGAAAUACAAUCCUAGCUAGAGAUAAAAACUGCUCUUAGAAGAAAAUAUUUAGGAUUUCUAGAUCAGUCAACAGGAAGUGCCUGCCUUAUGUCUACAAAAAGCACCCCAGACACUUUUAUAAUUGCAGGCUUUUUAAGCCAAAUUUUAAAAAGGUGACAAUUAGUGUGAUAAUAUGUACUAAAAAAUCUUCAACCACACCAUGAAUAAGUGCAGAGCGUUCACAACAGUAAUACUUUACUGGAAAGGCCACUUUAGAAAAGUUUACAUUCGCUUGGAAGAUGCCUUAAAGUUUAUUCCUUAUCUAUGACCAAAUAUCUGGGGUACUUUUGGAAGUUUUCAGUACACCCUUUAGAGGAUCGCUUAUGAAGUAUUUCAUACAUUCCUAAGCACAUGGCGGUGUUGAGACUGACUUAGUGUAAUUCACACACAUAAGCUGACAUACGUUUAUAUUUUGACAGUAAAUUGUACAGUCAAGUGUUCAUUGACUUCAUGUUAUUUUAAAGCAUUUUCUUAUGAAAAUAUAUCUUUAGUUAAUCCUACUUUGCUAUGCUGUCUAGUAAAGUAAGUACACUGUAGCUGAUGUUGUUACAGACUUAUGUAUACCCUUGUAUACCUAGGACAGGGCUGUUUCGUACCCAUAAGCAGCAAACUAUUGUCCUCACUGAUUCAAGAAUUAAAAAGAUAAAUUU